GUAAUAAGUGUCUCAGGUGUCAGUUGAAAAUCCUGUUGGGUAACUCACUAGAACCUAGUUACUAUUCACAGUAAACUUUUUGUUUUGCUUUCUUCUGGAAGAACAUAGCUGUCUUUAAACAAUGAAGGAGAUAGAAGACUGGAUCUAGGGAACUCUCAAGUUUUUGGAUAUCACAUGUACAUUAUCAACAUUGUUUGGGGCUAGCAGGCUGUAUAUUUACAGCCAGAAAACAGGUUAUCGUGCCUGUCCUCAACAAGACCCAAGCAUCGCCACAUCAGGAAGUGUACCACAACAGCCACCCUGAGGCCAAUGAUAGUGUUAUAUUCCUGCAGAUUUCAUCUCUAACCCAUAUCCAUCGUACCAAGCCAUGGCUCCUAACGCUCACAAUAUCAGUGCUACCACCAUAACACCCACUACAGCGUUUAACACCACCACAACAGCCACCCCUGACUUCAUCACUCAGCUGCUCAACAAGAUCCCAUUGCCAAGAUGGGCUAUUUAUGCUAUAGCUGCAGCUAUAGGUCUUGUCGUCUUAAUCUGCUUCUUCUGCAUUUGUAUCAAAUGCUGCUGCAAAGGAAAGAAGAAGAAAAACAAAGAUGAGAAGAUCACAUUGGAUGGCAUGAAAGGAUCCACCACAGCAGCUCUGGUACAGCCAGGCUUAGAGGAUUUGGAUUAUGGUUCGAAUGACAAGCCAAAGGGAAAGCUGCAGUAUUCUUUGGAAUACAAUUUUCAGAAUCAAGAGCUCACUGUUGGAGUGAAGCAGGCAGCUGAGUUACUGGCCAUGGAUCUGGGUGGGACAUCUGAUCCUUACGUCAAGGUCUACAUGCUUCCAAACAAGUCAAAGACGUGGGAGACCAAAGUGUACAGAAAAACAGUCAACCCCGUAUUUAAUGAGAUUUUCAAGUUUCAGAUACCCCAGGCUGAGCUAAAUGAAUCGACUAUCGUGAUGCAGGUAUAUGACUUCAACAGGUUCAGCAAGCAUGACAUCAUUGGGGAAUUGAGAAUUCCACUCAACACAGUGAACUGGAAUCACAUAAUUGAAGAGUGGAUGGAGCUAACUGCAGCUUCUAAAUCUGAGCACGAGAACCUUGGUGAGAUCUGUUUCUCCCUGCGGUACGUUCCCACCACGAGCAAACUCACCGUUGUUAUUCUGGAGGCCAAGAACCUGAAGAAGAUGGAUGUUGGGGGGCUGUCAGAUCCGUAUAUCAAGAUCCAGCUUAUUUUGGAUAAGAAAAAGUGGAAGAAGAAGAAGACAACAGUAAAAAAGAAAACACUGAAUCCCUACUUCAAUGAAUCAUUCACUUUCGAAGUGCCCUUUAAACAAGUACAGAAAGUGCAGAUGGUCAUAUCUGUGUGGGACCAUGACAAGGUGAGCAAAAAUGAUGCAAUUGGCAAGAUCUUCUUGGGCUGCGGUGCAGCAGGCAACCAACUUCACCAUUGGUCUGACAUGCUGUCAAAUCCCAGGAGGCCCGUAGCCCAGUGGCACACGCUGCAGUCUGUGGAAGAAGUAGAUUCAGCCUUGGGAAUGAGCUAUAAAUUCAAAAUACCUUUAAUAAAUAAAACAUUUUAGAGACUGUCAUUUUAAUAGGACCCUGCCCAAUUUCCUUGGAUGUAUCUCAAAACGCUAUGGACACAAAGCUACUGCCGAGUACACUGGACAUCGGGUCUGCACAGGAAAUCAAGACUGCCACUUCAAAAUGACUGAACGUGAAGCAGAUACUCUGAACUAACACUCCCAUAGGAAAUAGCAGAAAACAUCUUUUUCCUCCUUAAACCAGUCCAAAGUUUGAUUGUAUUAGGUGAAAAAAUAGAAAUGUUAUAGAACUAGCAAGACACAUCUUCAAGGCAGUUAAAUUACUAAAUGUUCUGUUAAGCUUGCCUUUGUUACUAGAGUCCCUAGACACUUUUAACUGAGGUAUGUAAUAAUCAGAUUUUGGUAAUGUGCAGGUGUACAGCUUACCUUUACUGUCUCAGUAGGAACCUUAACAUUAGACUGCUGGGAUAUUGUAUUCGUCAUUAUUAUACAUUUAGGAUGGAAUGUACUUUAAACACAUAAAAGGCACUUUAAAAAUAAUUUUGCACCACAAUAUGACUCUGUCCUCAAAAUACACAGAAUAGAAAAUGUCACACAUUACGAGAGAAGGAGAACCUUCAAAGGGGAAGAAUUCAUUACUGGUCCAAAUUUGCAAAAAUAUACAACCUUAUAAAUGUUCUAAAAAUGAUGCAUAUUAUGGUUUUAUUUUUGCAUUUAACUUUAAUUUAAUGAUUUGCAUAUAUUUUUUUCUCAAUCUUAGAUCUGACCUGGGGGGGAGGGCGCAUUAAAUCUAAAUUAACGCCAGCCCUGCCUAUUCUAACCAGACCC